AUGAUAUUCUCCCCUCUCAUUUCUACAUCCUGGAAGCGUGAAGAAGAUUUUAUGCAUAUGAAGAUGACUUAUCUGCUUGCCCGCAUUCGCAUUGGUAUUUUGGAAGUUACAAGGCCUGGCCCCGGAGUGGCUGAUGAAUCCACCCUGAAUGCUAUCCAACGAGAAUUGGAAUUCAUAACCAUGAAUCAUGGUAUCGCCUCAAUUCUCGGCUUAGCGGUUCCAACCCCCUUUUUCCUUCAGGAACUCCUGUGGACUCAUGGUCUGGCAAUAAACGCAAUAAAUUGUCUUUUCGACGAUUUCUCGGAAGAAGAAUCUCGCACCAUGAUCAAGCAGUUUGAUCCAGAGGGUAUUUUUUCUUGGUGGACCGAAGGUGGACAGAUCCCGAGUUUCACAGACCUUGACGGUUUGAUUAGCAGUACAAUGACCAAGUUUCAACUCGCCCAGCUUGUUCAAUCCGGUCUCCUCCCACAUCAAGGGCCUUUUCGUCAUUCCAAAUAUGCCAAAGUCUAUCUUCCGCCAGGUCUCCCUAUCCAUCGAUUUUUGUUUGAAAAGGGGUUAGCGAAUGAGAGCACCACGGGUUCCGAUGCGGCCGAUGCAGAGGCAAAAGUGGCGAAUUCGAAUUCUUCCCCCACCAAAAGUGGUGAAAUUUUGGGGGUAGCUUCUAAAACCAUUUUAAAAUCCUGCUUUGCAAAUCGUCGGGAUAUUACCUCGAACAGUGCCAUAGCAGAUAGUGCCGAUUGUACCCCGGGUGCUAUAGAACCUGGCAUUGGAGACACCGACAUAGAUAUGGGCGAUUUAUCUGUUGCUGAACGAAGUCCGGAAAUGUCUGCUACCUAUCCUGCAGGGUCUGCACCUGGCAACCUCGGACAAAACAGUACCGACAAUGACAAACAAACUUCGAAAACAUCUGUCCCCGCUCAAGAAGGAACCUGUCAAAUUUCCAAGACAAUGUUGUUUCAACUACUAGCAGACAUCACAAGGGUUGAAAGUCUUACUGAAGCUGCAAUGUCCAGGAAACUGGAGGCUCUGAGACGUUCCAUUUGGUAUUUAGGCGCUUACAAGCGUUUGAAUCAGCAUGCCGUCGUUUCCGGGAAGUCACCUUACUUCAAGGCGAUGAAUAACAGCAACCCAUUCGAUACCCAAAUAGAACCGGAGGGAAAGGACAAUGAGGAGGCUUCUUCGGAUAUUGACGACGGAAUUGGGAGAAUCAUCACUGGUCAAAGCUCGGAUUCUGAUUCCGAAAUUGAAGAUACUGCAGAGUCAUCUCAAAGUGAGUCUGAUUUGACUCAGUCUGACAGUGCAGGAAGUCAGUGGUCUUCUGACCACUCUGCUUCUCCUUCGUCACAGGAAAUGGAGAUGACGGGAGAUUAUGAGCCACCAAUGGAGGAAGAUCUCGGUUUACCAUUUUCUAUGCAUUAUAGCACAUUGCGUGGAACAAGACGUUUAUAA